GGUACUAUUUCCCAAUCUAGUCCCUAAAUUUGAAGGGUUUUUCCCAACAAAGCCCAUUUUGCCAAUCAUUUAGGACAUUGAAAAAUUCUCUAAUGAAAAAUAUGGACUUCUUUCGUUCUCCUUGGUGCCACCUGUCACGAUUGUUUCUCUGCGGAUCGGGAAAUGGGAGGAUUCGACAAAGCUAAAAAACGAAACGCAAGAACGCACACGACACACGAUUUGGGUGGUUCACUAUAAUACAAUAUGUGUUAGCUAGUCCACAGGCAGGAGAGAGCCAUUUUUAUUAUACUUCGAGAGAGACCGUGACAUCCAGUCGUAGCACCAGAUAGUCCAAUUCAAGUCACAUCAAGACCAUCGAUUAUGGAAAAAAAAAAUUAAACCCAGAACCUCACCCUGCAAUUCAAACAUAGGAAUGACAAUGAGGCAGGUCCGGGACGGGUAUCUCGAUACCCAUACCCACCCCGUGGCAGGUCAGGUAAUUUAUCACGGGUCACGGGUCGGGCCAGGUCGACCCAAUGGGUAUGUAAUCUAUAUGGAAAACAUUAGAAAUAUUCAUUAUUUUCAUUAUAAGACCAAGAAACAAAUCAUAAUAUGAUAAGAUGUAGCUAAGUUAUUUGAGAAAUUGAGGUUUCCACUAAUUCGCAACUUUAUAAUAGCUAAAAUAUGUGUAAUAAAAGGAAAAGUCUAAGUAAUUUGACUAAGAUUACAUGUAAUAUAGACAAGAACGGAUCGAGAUUUGGGCGGGUAGGGGCAGGGCAGGUCGAUGAGAAUACCAAUGCUCGCCACGUCCCGCCCCAAAACAUGUUAAACAGGUCGAGUAAAUCGAGUCAGGUAGAAAUUAUAUCAUCCCUAUUCAAACAUGACCAUCAUGAAUGUAACAAAUGAAGAGGGAGAAGUGAGGAUGGUAGCGAUUGUGAGGAAAGACGACGAUGACAGUACGAGGAGAGACGUGAAUCACCGACAAAGAAAGCAACUUUAGUGAAAAAAGACCAGGAGUGUUGGAAGGAGAGAGGGAGACGCACGAAAUGAUGGCGAUACGUAGAUGCUGGUCAUGAUCAAAUCUCUUGAGUAGUAGGUAUGAUCUACAAGAAGAUAGAUCUCGAAGACGAACCUUACAGUUAUGGUUAUAGGGCCUAUCACAAGAAUAUUUUUUUAAUUGGGACGAUAACUCUGAAAAGACAGAUUCCCUAUCUUUUCUUUCAUCUCUGGCGAAAUACGACCGGGAGGACUAAUUCAAAUCUUUCGGGUAAAAUAAGAACAGCGUGUGAACUUUAGCUAAAUAUAUAAAGAUAGAUCCACCCGCGUUUUGAGCAAAGAACACCUCAAUGUAGGGCUUGAUCUACUGGUAUUUCCAUUAGUAUUGAAUACGAAAAUCUCACACAUUCAAAUCUGUCUAGUAGAAAACAAACUUAUAUCACUCUAUAAGAAAAAAAAAAUUGAGGUACUAUAUCCUAACUUAUAGAGGAAUGUAGGUAUAUAAAUGGAGGUAUCUAAUUAGUAAUUUAAUAAUUAAACGAGAUUAGACUAUAUAUGAUAUUAUAUCUUCUAUCCCCGUUCUAAAAUGCAAACACUUCUAUAUCCUCUUCAAGCCACAAAAACGGGAAUGGCGGUUUCCGAUAUGCUGAUGAUCAACUUGAUAACUGUUUACGUAAUGGUAAUUAUAUUAACCGUCGGCAUCAGUUCAUCAUCCUCCGACACCACUCCGACGCCGGCGGCAGCUGCCGGCCGGUGCUUCACCUCCAUUUUCAGCUUCGGCGACUCCAUCACCGACACCGGGAACCACUGCCACAUUCUGUCCAAGGCCGGGAGGUCGGCCAACAACUGCCUUCUUCCCUACGGCGAGACCUUUUUCCACCGCCCCACCGGCCGGAGCUCCGACGGCCGUCUCAUCAUUGAUUUUAUCCAGUGGCGGAUCCAGGGCUGGGCCAACCCAGGCCCCGGCCCAGCCCUCCUCCGGUUCCAAAGUUAGUUUAGUGCUUAUAAAAUUUUUCGAUUUAGCUAUUUGGUCCAGUGCUAUUUAAAAUUCUGUCUACUUUUGUUUGAUAAUAGGAUUUUGUGUAACUAGGAAAAUGGUUCGGAUGAACAUAUCCAAGCCAUUACUCUAAAUUUAUACUAAAUUUUCUAUAGCCCCAAUGAUUUUAUUUGAAAAAUGACAUGAAAACCUAAAAGUGUAAAGUUUCAUUAAAAUAAAAUAAAAAACUCUAAAGUAAAGCACACCCUUCCUUGCCAAAUUCAAAAAAUUUCCCAAUCCUCCAAAACAAAACAAGAAACGAGGAGACGAGCAGACCCAAAAUGAAUUUCUCUGUCAGCCCGUCGAGCUGGUUUUCUUUCCAUUCUUUUGAUUAAGAAAAUAUUUACAAACUUGCUGAGUCGCCAUUUAGAUUGCCUCAAUUGAGUGGGGCACUAGAUUCUAACCGUUCUUUCUGGUGUUUUGAUGAAGAAAAUAUUACAAACUUGCUCAAGAGUUUAGCCUCGAGACUUAGAAGGCUAUGAGAUGCAUUCUUUGGAGAAUGCACUACUCAUAUGAGGAAGAUGAAGUUUCUUCUCUUGCAAAAUUAUUAGAGAAGCUGGAGGAAAUAGGGAUGGACACAUAAUACAAAUUGAUUUGUCGGUUGAUUUGUCUAGUGUUGACCUAGCCGUUUCAACAACUACCAUGAAGAGAAUAUUUUCAGCAAUGGAACAUGAACAUUGAUUUGUGCAACAAAAUGAGCGAUGAAAUUCUCGUUGAUUACUUAGCUAUUUUCUUUGAAAAAGAGUAUAUUAUCAGUAUGACAGUAUGGAUGGAGAUUAUAUUAUUGAUGAAUUUGCUAAAUUAAAAUACCUUCUUGUACAAUUGACGUUGUAAUGAAAACUAUAUUAUUAUAUAUUUUUGUUUAUGGUAUCUAAUAUUUUAUUCAAAUACGGCCCAGUGCUCUUUUAUGUCCUGGAUCCGCCGCUGAUUUUAUCGGUACACACUAUAGUGAUCUACAUAUAAGUUUCAAAAAAUUUACGGUUCAUUAACCGAUGCAUGCAUGCGGGUAAUAUUUAUUCUCCCGAUUUUUUCAUUUUGAUUGAGAUGUAAUAAUUUAGAGUAUUACAAAAUUUUCACCUACAUAACGUCAAUAUACAAGUAAUUUUCAACUGUUGAAGUUACAGAAAAUAUUGACAUUAUGUAGGUGAAAAUUUUGUAAAUUACUAGAACGGAGAUAAUUAGUUGAAAACAACAAGAUUUCAUGAAAACAUUACAUAUGUAAAUAUCAAAUAUGUUGAGAAAAAUAGUGAUUUAAAAAAAAAAUAUAUGCAUGUGUAUAACUGGUCGUAUUCGUGUUGGAUAGUAAAAAAAUCAUACCCACUAAUCAGCCACAAUAUUCGAAUUCAGAUUUUACUUAAAAACUCAUUAAACAUCCUUCGAGUCCGAGUUUUUACCCUACCCCAUUAGAUCAAAUGCGGGGAAUACCAGGUAUGGUUGCCAGCUGGUUCAUUCGAUAAGCACACAAUACUAUAAGAAUACAUGAAUUUCCUAGAAUCGGUGUAUUUUAAAAAAAUAAGAUUGUAAGAAUUCAUGAUUUGGUCUAGCUCCCAAAUUUGUCGGUUACUUGCAUCUCCAUUUCUCUCAUUGACAUCUUGCUUUCCUUCUGGUCCUUGAUACAGCUGAGCAUUUGGGGAUCCCAUUGGUACAGCCAUAUUUUGGAGGAGGGAGCACGGUGGAUUUCGACGGCGGAGUGAACUUCGCGGUGGGAACAGCCACCGCGCUGGACAGUGAUUUCUUAGAGAGAGGAGCAGGAAUUAAGGUAACCGGCACAAACGUUUCUUUGAAUGUUCAGUUGGAUCACUUCAGGCGACUGAUUCCGUCGCUAUGCCGCCGUGGCACCGAUGAUGAGCUCUCAGGCAAGUCUCUCCACUAUCAUCUUUGUUGGUGUUUUGGGCUCAAGUACGAAAGCGUUUUAAAUUGUUAUUUCAUUCAUCAUGCAGUAAAAAUAAUUUUUCUUU